AUGGUGCCAGCAUUGCUUGGCUUCUGGCGAGAGCCUCACACUGCAUCACAGAAUGGGGGAGAAGGGGAAGGGGAAGCAGAGCAAAGUCCACAAAAGUUCCACCGAGAGGUGCUGAGCAAAGGCCAGAGCCCCAGAAGAAAAGAAGCACAGACUCAGAGCAAAGCUUCCCCGUCCCGAGUGACUCCACCCGGCAGGUCUAUGCGGCUGACCAUGAGUUCUGUGCUGUCGGCUUUCCUGGAGGAGCUUCCCGGCUGGUUCCUUUUCUUUGGGAUCUUCCUGCCUGUGACCUUGCUGCUGCUCCUCCUCAUUGCCUACUUCAGGAUCAAACUGACUGAGGUUAAUGAGCUGUCCCAGACUUAUGACCGACAACACAAACGCAAGGAUGGCUCUUCCCUGUCCCAAAGAAGGAAGCGGACGUGACUGGUGGGGACUUUCCAAUAGCUGAAGCACAAUGGAUUUAAUUUCUACUGGUCAGAGAGCAACGGUCCACAGUUUAGCUAAUUAAGUAGAUUGACAAACUAGAACCACAGCAAAAAUAGUACACUAAGAUGCUUGUUCUGAACCAUAUUGAAAAGUGGCAGCUAUUGUCCAAGAGGACUUCUGAGAGUCUCAGCUGAAACAGAAAAAGUACUAAGAAGAUUUUCUUGGAUUUGUCUAUGGACUGGACACAUAACUUUUUUACUUUUAUUGUGACUAUGUCUGUUCU